AUGUCGCUUGUGUUUGAAAAUGCCACUCUUGUGGACAGUCUGCCAAAGGCCACCUCGUUCUUCGACGCUGUUAGCACCGUCUCGCAGAGCUCGUCGAGCCUGAGCUUGCUGGAAACGUACUGGGCAGCCUGGUAUCACUAUAUGCAGAACGAUGUCCUCGCCACGGGACUGCUGUUCUUCCUGGUCCAUGAGGUGACAUACUUUGGCCGCUCGUUGCCUUGGUACAUCAUUGAGAAGAUCCCCUACUUCAACAAGUGGAAGUUGCAGGCUGAAAAGACCGUGUCUGACAAGGAGCAAUGGGAAUGCUUGAAGAAUUUGUUCAUCUCCCAUUUCCUCGUUGAGGCCAUUCCACUGUGGAGUUUCCAUCCGUUGGCUCAGAAGCUUGGGAUCUCAAUCACAGUGCCAUUCCCUUCGUGGAAGACCACUGUCUGGCAGAUCUGCUUGUUCUUUGUCCUUGAAGACUUCCAGCACUAUUGGACACAUAGACUGAUGCACUAUGGCCCAUUCUACAAGUACAUACAUAAGCAGCACCAUCGUUACGCCGCACCGUUUGGCGUAGCAGCUGAGUAUGCCCAUCCAAUUGAGACUAUGUCUCUUGGUUUCGGCACGUUGGGGAUCCCAAUCAUCUACGUCUACUAUACACGCAAUUUGCACCUGUACACGCUAUCGUGUUGGAUCAUCCUCAGAUUGUUCCAAGCUGUCGAUGCACACUCUGGCUACGAUUUCCCAUGGUCGUUACACCACUUCUUGCCUUUCUGGUCCGGUGCUGAUCACCACGACAUGCACCACCAGUACUUUGUCGGUAACUACGCUUCAUCUUUCAGAUGGUGGGACUACUUCAUGGACACCGAGGGUGGUCCUGAAGCUAAGCACGCCAGGGAGGAGAGAAUGAAGUUGAAAGCUGAGAAGCUGGCUAAAAAGACUAAAUGA